CAAAUUCCACGUUAACAUUUUUCCAGUGGCUCUCUGUGCUCAGCACUUCUACUUUGGCUAAUAGAGAAGGAGACUAUGUCUCCACCAUGCCAACACCCGGCUGUGCACUCAGUCCCACACCACACCCUGACCCGGCUGGCACGGGAGUGGCUGGCAGAGGACACGCCAAACUUUGAUCCUGCAGGAGUGUGUGUGGGCUCACGGGAAGUGGAAGCAAGGUUGUUGUGUAAAACUCCACACAGCAUCCUAGCUGGGUGUCCCUUCUUCACAGCAGUGUUCACUGAAGUGGGCUGCACAGUGGACUGGAUUUACCAGGAAGGAACUGAGAUCGGUGAAGAUGCUGUCACCCUGACGGCUGUGGUGAGAGGCCCGGCAAACUCCCUCCUCCUCGGGGAACGACCGGCUCUUAACUGCCUGGCACGGGCAUCGGGCAUUGCCACCCGCUGCUCUCAGCUCCAGGCUAUUGCAAAGGCACACGGCUGGCACGGGGAGGUGGCUGGCACGCGUAAGACUACUCCGGGCUUUCGUCUGGUGGAGAAAUAUGCCAUGUUGGUUGGCGGCGUGUCCAUGCACAGACAAGAUUUGAGUGGGAUGGUGAUGUUAAAGGACAAUCAUGUGUGGGCAUCGGGAAGUAUCACAGAGGCGGUGAAAGCUGCCCGCUCGGUGUGCGGCUUCAGCAGUAAGAUUGAGGUGGAGUGUCGCUCAGCAGAGGAGGGCAGGGAGGCAGCCAGAGCGGGAGCAGACGUCAUCAUGCUGGACAACUUUCAACCUCAGGAGCUCCGAGUCACAGCUCAGGCACUGAAGGAGGAGUUCUCUGCUCUUCUGAUAGAAGCCAGUGGAGGAGUCACGCCAGAAAACGUAGCUCUGUAUCUCUCCUCACAUGUGGACAUCGUUUCUCUGGGCUGCAUAACGCAGGGCUGCCCAGUGGUGGACUUUUCACUCAAGGUUCAAAAGCCUGAUGCUCGAUUAAACAGGAUGUUUAAUCAACCGCAAAUUGAUUGAUAAAAAAAUCACCAAUAAAACAUUUCUAAUAAUAUGCCA